GGGACAGCAUUGGUAAAAAUGCCAAUAAUACCCAUUUGGUCUAAAUUAUUCACAUUUUUUUCCACAUAGCUUGUUCUUUUCCUGUGUCCAUUCUUUGGACUUUGAAAAAGCUCUUUUGAAGUGUAAUUUGUUUUAGUAAUGCUUUAGGUUGUGUUUACUUUUGGCUGUACUAAUCAUUACUUAUGGCUAAUGGAAUGACAAAAAUCAUUACUUAGAGGUCAGGGUGAUAAGGUUUGAAAUACAUAUAGUAUGAAUGUAAUAUGACAUUAUUUAUUGUAUUGUAAGUCACUUUGGAUAAAAGCAUUUUCCAAAUACAUGACUGGACACACAUGACCUGCUGUCAAAACCUGGACAUCUCGGUUGAUGUACUUGUUGUGAUGGCUUUUGUGUUCCACCAAUUAAGGGAAGUCAUACAGUUUUGGGACAACAUGAGGGUGAAGAAGUGAUGACACAUUUUUAUUUUUGGGAGAAAUACUCCUCUAGAGUAAAGAAGGUGUGAAGAUCAAAAGUUAAUAGCUAUCAGAACUAAAGCAUAGACUGAAUGAGUCAGUUAGUAAUGUAAUCCAUUACAUACUCAUGGUCUCAUGGUCUUACUCAUCUAAUUUGGAAGAAGAGAAAGAAAAUAUAUUCCAUUCAUUGUUUUAACAACAUGACGUCAAGUUUUUCCAGGGGGUUUGUGAAUUUAAUGAAAAGUGAAUAAUUAAUUUAAUCAUAAAAAUGUCAGAAUUAAAAUUAAUCAUUUUAAAACAACAAUCAAAAUAAAACACUAACUCAAAAAGAUGAAGUAUUUGAUUUGUUCACCAUGUGAACAUCAACCAGCAUCAAAGAAUUGUGAAUAUGCAAAUGUUUUAUCAUCUGACAAAAAAAGGGAAUCCCUGCAUUACAUGUAAAUAAUAAAUAUGCAUUUUAAUGUGUUUGAAAGAUAAAAGCCUUUACCUUUUGUCACAUUACAACCUGGAAAAUAAAAUAAAUUAAGUCUAAUUUAUUUAAUUUUUUAAUAAUCUUUUUAGCCUGCUAUACAUAUUAUAACCCUCAUCAUUAAAGUAAAACUAUCAUUUAAAAACAUUCUGAAGGAUUAUUGUUUGGUAAAGUGAUCAGGUCCGUAUAGUAUACCAUUAUAAGAUUACUUAGGUUCAAGCAAUCAACUUCCAGAUUAAACACCAGGCUAAUUGCCCCACCUGACAUCAACAGUAGUGGUGUUGAUUACUUUAGAAUAAAACGAGCUGUUUCUUGAAGAUUCCACUGUUAGUAGUGCAUGGUACGGCAAAGAAUUCACCGUGGGAAUUCUUGGGAAAGUGCUCUCAAAAGAAAAAAAAAAAGCCUUUAGCUAUCCCUUUGGAGUGUGACUAAGUGAAAUAAAACCCACAAAAAAUUACGAAAAUUCGAAAAAAAAUCUGAGAUGUACUUAUACCCUGUGUAAACAAAGUCAGUAAGUUUGAGUCCAAUGCGAUAACGUUAACUAGUAUUUUCGGAAAAAAAAAAAAAAUUCCGGGUCAGUUUGACCCGAACACAACCAGAGGGUUAAAGGAGUCAUCAGAACUUUUCCACGAGUUGAUAUGAUUCUUUAGGGUCUUAAUGAAAAGUCUCUAAUAUACUUUGGUUAAAAAUUCUCAAUGGUUGUGUAAAACAACACCCUUUUUACCUUGCCAAAAUCAGCUCUGCAAAAAUCAUCUCAUUCUGGUCGAGGCUGCUUUAAAUGCAAAUGAGCUGUGCUUGCCCUCUCUUCUCUCUGUGGAUUGACGAGCCUGUUUACUUUAGCCGCGUUUAGCCGUUAAACUUGCUAAGUAGCACAUUAUUAGGAAAGACGAUCGCAAAGAUUCAUAAAAAAACCCUUAAACUCACUUCUGCUGUAAGUUAAGCUGGAUCACGAAUGAUUUGUGCGAACAUAGACGGAUAUAUGUAGAUCAGGAGGUGCAUUCCCUUCACAAACAAACGUAAUCUACUGCAUCUUCAGUAGUUCAGACCUCGGGAGUAAAUGACGACCACUACGUUUAUUAUUACAUCCAGCAACACAACGCCUCAAUUGCUCAAUUGGAGAUAUUCUUAUCUAACUUACAUCCCUGCUUCCGCAUCGAAACAAAGAGGUCGGACUGUUACAGCUGAUCUGAGGUAAGACGCUCAUGUCAAUCAACUAUCCUGGGAGUGGCCUCUGUACACCGACAGGCAUCUGAGAACGGCUCGAUCUGAAAAAGGGAUAUUAUUUUUACAGAUUAAUUAAAAACCACUCCAUGGAUUUUUAUCAUUAUAGGGUAGAUUUGUACAUACACUGCCAACACACAUAAAUGUUCAAACAACAUGUAAAAGUGAGCUUAACAUCUAAUGACCCCUUUAAAUCAAAUCGAAAAUGUGUGGGUGGAUUUAAAGAGAGCAGUUCAUUGCGACUCACCAUAGAAUUUGAUUGAACUCGAGCAAUUCUGCACGGAAGAAUGGGCAAAUAUUCCCCAAUCAAGGUGUGCAAAGCUACUACAGACAUAUCUAAAAAGACUGAUGGCUGUAAUUAAAGCAAAAGGUGGCUUUAUGAAAUAUUAAAUCAAGGGACUGAUUCCUAUUCUAGUUUUUUUGUUUUGUUUUUUGUUAAUUUGCAGAAUUUUUUUUUCAUUGUUUUGAUGUUGUAAGACCAAAAUUGUAAAUAAAGCUGGAAAAGUUAUUUGGAAUGGGGUUUUAUUUCAGUGUGAUGUUGUUCCAGAGAAGCGUAUAAAGGGCAGGUUUUAGUAAAGCUCUGCUGAACUUCUGGCUCAACAGUGGAAAUGCAGCGUGAUUUUGGGCUCUUUGCUACAGGUCCUUCCAUCGGCACUAUUACUGGUGCUAUUAGCCCUGUCUAGCCUGUUGAAAGCACUGGCUCGCACUGGCCCGACAAUGGAACAAACACUCCUACAAUUACAAAGCACAAUUACAAAAGACUGCUAUUUUGUAAAUAUGAUAACAUGCAUGGCAGAUGACAGGACUAUUUUGGGAAAUUCAGUCAUUGUGUGCUUGUUUAAAAGAAUGCAGGAGUGACUUCUGUGUGUUAUGAUAACUUAUGUCUUUCAUACAGCAAUAGCAGACAGAGUGUUUUUUUGACUGAUACGACCAUCACAUUAUGAUGACCAAAUUUAUUUUUCUAGCUGGCUUUUCCCUGGCAUUGUGUCAUUUUGGAUGGGCCUCCCAACUCGCAUGCUAUUUCACAAGCUGGUCUCAGUACAGACCUGACGGUGGCAAGUACCUACCAGACAAUGUGGAUCCACAUCUGUGCACACAUUUAAUUUACGCUUUUUCUAUUAUUAAUCAGGCGAAUGAAUUGACCACUCAAACACAGAAUGAUGAAUCUCUAUAUAAAUCUUUCAAUGGACUAAAGAAAAAAAAUCCUGACUUGAAAACUCUCUUGUCUGUCGGAGGAUGGGACUUCGGCACAGCUCAGUUUACUACUAUGGUGUCCACAUCAGAAAACAGGCAGACGUUUAUUCAGUCCUCGAUCAGAUUUCUGAGGAAACAUGGCUUUGAUGGUCUGGAUCUGGACUGGGAGUAUCCGGGUUCCCGUGGAAGUCCUCCAGAAGACAAGCAAAGGUUUACUCUGCUCUGUAAGGAGCUCUUUGAAGCUUACCAGACAGAGAGUGUUGCCACUGGACGCCCCAGACUCAUGCUCACUGCUGCAGUGGCUGGGAAAAGAACCGCUGAUGCUGGUUAUGAAAUUGCAGAAAUUGCUAAGUAUUUGGACUUCAUUGAUGUGAUGACCUAUAACUACCAUGGCUCAUGGGAAAGUGUCACCGGGCACAACAGUCCUCUGUACCGUGGCUCUGGAGACACAGGAGUCAAGAUCUACUCCAAUACUGAUUCUGCAAUGAGAUACUGGAGAGAUCAGGGCGCUCCUGUGGAGAAGUUGAGGAUGGGGUUUGCAACAUACGGAAGAACAUUUCACCUGUCAUCUGCAGCCAGUGGAGUUGGAUCUUCAGCUAGUGGUCCUGGACCAGCUGGAAAAUACACCAGAGACGCCGGAUUCUGGUCGUAUUAUGAGGUCUGUACUUUCCUUCAAGGAACCACAGUGCAAUGGAUUGAUGAUCAGAAAGUUCCCUACGCAACCAAGGGACAGGACUGGGUGGGAUUUGACAACAAGGAAAGCUUUCAGACUAAGGUGAACUAUCUGAAGGAGAACAAGUUUGGAGGAGCUUUUGUCUGGGCUCUGGAUCUUGAUGACUUUACAGGACAGUUCUGUGGGCAGGACAAAUACCCUCUCAUUGGACAUCUCCGUACACUUCUUAAUAAUGGUACAACUCAUGUCUAAAUGGAACCCAUUUUUGCCACAAAAACUAAUUCUUUGCUAAAACAUAAUUAUGAAAACAUAAUUAUUUAGAUAAGGAGAUACUAAGUCAUAAAUAUGAGAUAAGUCGAAAUUAUGAGAUACUACGUUCAUCAUCAUUAGGAGAUUAAAAAAAAAUAUGAAUUUUUUUAUAAAACUUUUAAUGUUAUAAUUAUGAAUUAGUAUCUCAUAAUUUUCGACUUCUGAUAUCAUAGCUGACUUAAUAUGCUAUCAAUUUGUCUUAUAAGUAUCUCAUCAUUUUGACCUUUAAUCCCAUAAUAUUUUUUCUUAAGUGGCCAAAAUGGGCUUUCAUACAUAUCCGAUAAAUCAUUAUAAUUAAUGGUGUGAUUGUCUUUUUAAGUACAAAGAUUAUCUAAAAAAUAGACUAUCUACAGUGAGUUUGCAUCAUAAUGACUGAUACAACAUCACACUUAUUGCAAGGCCAUUCUCAUUACAUAAAUGCGUGUAUGUGAAAUAUUGAUUUGAGUUGAAAUUCAUUCAUAAUUGUCCAUAUCCUGUACAUGAACCUAAAGCUUCUGCUGAAACAAUACAAAUAAAUAAACAAAUACAUGUUUUUAGUACACAUUAUUCUUUCUUGUUUUUUAAAAAAUGUUGCCGUUACUUAAUCUAAUUAGUUGUUUGCCGUAUUCAAACAAAAUAUUGAAUGCAAUGAUUAUGUUAACCAAAGAUAGUUUAUUGUAAAAUGUCAUUAUUUCUGUAAUGCAAAGAUGAAUUUGCAGCACCAUUACCACAAAAAUAUUGGGGAUAUUGGGAAUAAUCUGAAAUGUUUCCUGAGCAGCAAAUCAGCAUAUUAGAAUGAUUUCUGAAGGAUCAUGUGACAGCCCUAUGACACAAAUUGUGCAGCCCUGUCUUGACACAAGUUAACUAAAAACAAGCUAACUACAUUGAAUCUCUGUGAGGGGAAAUGGAAGUUUUAAGGUGUUUAGAAUAGGUUAAGAUAGUAGCAUUUCUACUUUCAGUUAGUUACUCCCCAACGCUGCAGUCUAAUAAACAGAAAUUAUCUGUAUAGACGUGCUGCCCAUGGUUUGUUUCGUAGUAUUG